AUACAGACUGGAUCAUGGCUAAUAUUUUGCAACCUUUUCUCCUACUGAGGAGUUCACGCAAUAGUUCCUCUCAGAAGAGGAAAGGGAGAGAAGACAAUGGGUCCUCUCAGAAGAGGAAAAGGAGAGAAGACAAUGGGUCCUCUCAGAAGAGGAAAAGGAGAGAAGACAGUGGGUCCUCUCAGAAGAGGAAAGGGAGAGAAGAUAAUGGGUCCUCUCAGAAGAGGAAAGGGAGAGAAGAUAAUGGGUCCUUUCAGAAGAGGAAAGGGAGAUAAGAUUUGGAUAAGAUGUAAAUGAA